GGAGAAGAGAUUCCGGUUCCGGGUGUUUUCAUUUCCCAGUCGGAGGCUUUCCAGACCUCUGAUUAUGACAUUUUAUCGGAACCUUCUCUCGACUCUCGAUUGAUUAAAGCCGCGCUUCUCCGAGUAAGGAAGUCCCGCUAAGAGCCGUGACCAUGACGACCCGCUCGGAAAGGGAAAAGGCCCAGAAACUUAACGAGCAGCACCAGGCCAUCCUGUCCAAAAUGCUGAGGGAGGAAGACAACAAGUACUGCGCCGACUGCGAGGCGAAAGGUCCCAGAUGGGCAUCCUGGAAUCUGGGAGUUUUUAUCUGCAUCCGGUGUGCAGGCAUCCACAGGAACCUGGGAGUACACAUAUCCAGAGUGAAGUCCGUCAACCUGGACCAAUGGACCUCAGAACAAAUCCAGAGUAUACAGGAUAUGGGCAACACCAAGGCCAGGCAGCUUUAUGAGGCCAACCUUCCAGACAGCUUCAGAAGACCUCAAACAGACCAAGCAGUUGAAUUCUUCAUCAGGGAUAAAUACGAGAAGAAGAAAUACUACAGCAAGAAUGUGAUCAAUGGGAGCAGCCCGAAAGACAGUAAGAGAGAGAAGGAGUCUGGCAGAGGGAGCAAAGCAUCGUCUUACGCUAAGAGUGAAGAGUCCCGGCCAGCUCCUAAAGUCAGCCCCGUUAAGACUUCAGAACCCUCUGUGAACCUACUAGGCCUUGACGCACCAGUGGCUGCAUCCACUAACAAUGGUAGCAUGAGCACAAGCAAGAGCAGCGACCUGGAUAUCUUCGGCCCCAUGGUGUCCAACCCUUUACCUUCGUCCACAUCCCAGGCUCAGUUUUCUCAGGUGAGCUCCAGUAACCCGGCCAGCACGCCACCACAGGCGCCGGCCGCCGGGGCGGGGGGCGGGGCCAGCGGGGGGGCGGGGCAGGAGGAGUUCGGCCUGUUCAGCGAGGCCAGCAGCUCCACUAAAGCCGAAGACGGGGGCAAGAAGCCGCUGUCCAAGGACUCCAUCCUGUCCCUCUGGGAUUUUCCUGUCCAGGCCCCCGCCGGCUACCAGGCCUUCCACGGCAUGGGCACCCCCAUGCCGCCCACCACCGUCAUGGGGGCCAUGAUGGCUCAGAGCGGGGCGGCCAUGAUGGGCCCCAGCCAGGGCAUGAUGGUCGGGAUGACCAUGCCUAACGGGUUCAUGGGGAACGCGCCCGCCGCCGGGAUGAUGGGCAUGGCCCCCCGGAUGAUGGGACCACAGGGCGUGGUGGGACCACAGGGCAUGGUGAACCAGCAGAUGUCGGGGAUGACUCUGAACGGCGCGGGUGGCCAGAUGGCCUUCGGUCAGCCUCCGUCCGCCAUGGGCGGCUGGGCCGCGGCCGGCUCCGGCCAGACUCUCAGCACGCAGCUGUGGAAGUGAGCCCCGCAGUGACCGGGCGGGCGGGCAGAGGACGAGUCGAGGCUGCAGAGAGUCCAACAUGUAACUUGUGCUUAUCUGCACCUUCCGAUGAACUAAUGCCCAUUUCCACGGUGGACCAGCCCGGAGAAGGUCACAGCUGUUUCUUUCUAUUUCUCCUGCUCCCCCUUCUGUCUCUCUUUCUCUCUAUUGUGUGAGUGAAUUGGGAGUUAUACAGGAUUACAGCCUGGCAGCUUCUGCCUGUCGUACAGUUUUUAAUUUUCCUUUUUUGGAAAAGAAAGAAAUUACAAGGAAAUAACAGUCCCACCAUCGACAUAUCAGUAAAGCUGCAGGACCAGUUACACAAGCUUUUAUUGUAUCACUGUAUCAUUAUAAGAUUAUAGUACAUUCAAUUGAAUAGUAUUUAAAGGGAGAAGCUAUGACUACCAGCCAGUCAGUACUUCUUCCAAAUGUACAGCGCUGUAUAACCUUUUAAAGUACUUGUGGUUCCCCUAUAAAAAUUAAAGUGGUAAUAAAUCA